AUGUGGAGACUAACGUGUGGCGGUUUGGCCCUGCUCUUAUGUGUUCAAGGUUCACUGUCUCAGUUGAAUGUUUGUGGACAGGCUCCUCUAAACACCCGUAUUGUUGGCGGUGUGGAUGCAUUUGAGGGUUCAUGGCCGUGGCAGGUCAGUCUGCAAAGCUCCAGCUUCGGAGGUCAUUUUUGUGGAGGCUCCCUCAUUAACAGUGAGUGGGUGCUGACUGCAGCUCACUGCUUACCUGGUGUCAGCACAUCCGAUCUGCUUGUGUACCUGGGAAAGAGAACACAGCAAGGAGUCAAUACUUAUGAAAUCAGUAGAAAUGUCAUCUCCAUCAUCGUCCACCCGUCCUACAACAGUCAAACCAGCGACAAUGACAUCGCUCUGCUCCGGCUGUCCUCCACAGUAACCUUUAAUAACUAUAUUAGACCAGUGUGUCUGGCGGCCCAGAACAGCAUCUUCAGUAAUGGCACCAGCAGCUGGAUCACAGGCUGGGGAGAUGUUCGAUCUGGAGUGAGUUUAGCUGCUCCUGGGAUCCUGCAGGAGACUAUGGUUCCAGUGGUGGCUAAUGAGCAGUGUAAUAACCUUCUUGGUUCUGGAUCUGUUACCAGCAACAUGAUAUGUGCCGGUUUAAUAGAGGGAGGCAAAGACACCUGCCAGGGAGACUCUGGUGGUCCAAUGGUGAGCAAGCAGUGUUCUUUGUGGAUUCAGUCUGGUAUCACCAGCUGGGGUUAUGGCUGUGCUGAUCCCAGCUCGCCUGGUGUUUACACCCGAGUGUCACAGUAUCAGAGUUGGAUCACCAACAACGUUGGCCAGAACCUUCCAGGAUUCAUCAUUUUCAACACUUUAAGCCCAUGCCAGGCUACUUCUACGGCCUCACCUGUUUCUACUACCUCAACCACUUCUACUACCACACGAGUUUCUACUACUCCAAUAACAGCUGCUACUUUCAGACCUCCGCCCAAUCAGUCCUCAGUCUCUUGUCGCAAGAGAUGUGAUGAGAGAUUUGACAUCCGCAACCGCUGCAACUGCAAUCCUGGCUGCCGCAGAAACUGCUGUAGGGAUUAUGAGAAUCGUUGCCGGAAUCACAGGUGCAUCCAUUCUGCUACAGAACAGACAAACUGUGUGAAGAUGUGGAGAUUAACGUGCGUCACUUUGACCCUUCUCAUGUGUGCCAAAGGUUCACUUUCUCAGCUGAAUGUUUGUGGACAGGCUCCUCUAAACACUCGUAUUGUGGGUGGCGUGGAUGCCUCUGAGGGCUCAUGGCCGUGGCAGGUCAGUCUGCAUGCUUCUGGACGUCAUUUUUGUGGAGGCUCCCUCAUCAACAGCGAGUGGGUGCUGACAGCUGCUCAUUGCUUACCUGGUGUCACUGCAUCCAGUCUGCGUGUGUAUUUGGGAAGGAGGACACAGCAAGGAGUCAAUGUCAAUGAAAUCAGUAGAACCGUGAGAACAAUAAUCGUCCACUCCGCUUACAACAGCGCCACAAAUGACAAUGACAUCGCUCUGCUCCGGCUGUCCUCCACAGUCACCUUUAACGACUACAUUAGACCCGUGUGUCUGGCGGCCCAGAACAGUGUCUUCAUUUCUGGCACCAGCAGCUGGAUCACAGGCUGGGGAGAUAUUCAAGCUGGAGUGAGUUUAGCUGCUCCUGGGAUCCUGCAGGAGACUAUGGUUCCAGUGGUGGACAAUGUUCGAUGCAGUAAUCUUCUGCGUUCUGGAUCUAUUACCAACAACAUGAUAUGCGCUGGUUUAACCCAGGGAGGGAAAGACACCUGCCAGGGGGAUUCUGGUGGUCCGAUGGUGAGCAGGCAGUGUACAGUGUGGGUUCAGUCUGGUAUCACCAGCUGGGGUUAUGGCUGUGCUGAUCCCAACUCUCCUGGUGUUUACACCCGAGUGUCUCAAUAUCAAAGUUGGAUCACAAACAACAUUGGACAGAACGCACCAGGAUUUGUCACCUUCAACCCCCCGACCUCGUGCUCCUCUGCCAGCCUAACCGCAACCUCCUGUAGGGGGAGAUGCAAUGAGAAGUUCAACAAUCGCUUUCGCUGCAACUGCAAUACUAACUGCAGUAUAAAUUGCUGCAAAGAUUACACACAGCGUUGUGCCAGUUGAAGUGUGUCAUACUUCCAUGAAUUAUUUGAUCACAGGCUUCUAAUCUUGUUAAGUUUUACACCAAUCGGAUGAUCUUUAUCUGCUUGUUCUGGGAGGAGUGACACUUUGGAUGUAUUGCACAGUCAGAAAUGAGCACCAAUGCAAACACAGUCAGCUGCACUGACUUCACUCAGGGGUGUAAAUGCAUAUUGUUUAUGUUCAACAUACAUGUUAAACAGCAAUUACCUCACUCCAUUAGUAGAAUCCUUAUCUCUUGUAAUUAUUAACAUUUAUAAGCAUUAACUGUAGGUACGGGCAUUUUAUUUCUUUCAUCUAGCAUUUGCACUUUUCUUAUAAAAAAGUGAUACAUUUACUUAAUAUUUUUCUUAUUAAUUUUUCUUUAAUUUUCUUUAAGUUUCAAUAAAUAUUUAUGUCAUGCAGUACUUCAAUGCAUUGU